CAGGGACAAAACAAAAACGAUAACGCUGCUUUGGGCACACUAACUUGAAGUUCUGAUUGGAAACGGUGUGUCGAAGCUGCGUCGGCUCGCGUUGGGAAUUCGAUUCGUCUCUUCUUUGAUUUUCCCCAGUGCACUGCGCAAACCGGAACUCACUGCCAUUGAAUUGUGAAUUUAUCGUUUGCGCUAGCUGCAUUUGUGCAAUGCAAAGGCGAUAAACCGCCGCGACAAGUCGCUGUUCGUGCUAACAGCAGCUCCAAUCUCCAGAUCCAGAAGAACAACACAAAAAACCAACAACAACAAAAUAAAAUGGCGCACCAGCAGCAACAACAACUGGCUCCAUCGGUCAACUGUUCACUGGACGAUAUCGAUCUGACGGCCCUAAAAGAUCCAGCUGGCAUCUUUGAACUCAUCGAGGUGGUGGGCAAUGGCACCUACGGCCAGGUCUACAAGGGCCGCCACACGAAGACUGGUCAACUGGCUGCCAUAAAGGUGAUGGACGUCACCGAGGACGAGGAGGAGGAGAUCAAACUCGAGAUCAACGUGCUGAAGAAAUACUCGAAUCACCGCAACAUCGCCACCUACUACGGGGCGUUCAUCAAGAAGUCGCCGCCGGGCAAGGACGACCAGCUCUGGCUGGUAAUGGAGUACUGUGGGGCUGGCUCCGUGACGGACCUGGUCAAGUCGACAAAGGGCCAGAGCCUCAAGGAGGAGUGGAUAGCGUACAUCUGCCGGGAGAUCCUGCGCGGCCUGGCCUACCUCCACACCAACAAGGUCAUCCAUCGCGACAUCAAGGGCCAGAACGUGCUCCUCACCGACAACGCGGAGGUGAAGCUGGUGGACUUUGGUGUCUCCGCCCAGUUGGAUCGCACGAUAGGCCGGCGCAACACAUUCAUCGGUACUCCCUAUUGGAUGGCCCCCGAGGUCAUUGCCUGCGACGAGAACCCCGACGCCACGUACGACAAUCGCUCCGAUCUGUGGUCGCUGGGCAUCACCGCCCUCGAGAUGGCUGAGUCACAGCCCCCGCUCUGCGAUCUGCAUCCGAUGCGAGCCCUCUUCCUAAUUCCGCGCAACUCCCCGCCGCGCCUCAAAUCGAAGAAGUGGUCCAAGAAGUUCCACGGCUUCAUCGACACGGUGCUAGUUAAGGACUACCACCAGCGGCCUUACACCGAGAACCUGCUGAAGCACGCCUUCAUCAAGGACCAGCCCACAGAUCGCCAGGUGCGCAUCCAGCUGAAGGACCACAUCGACCGCUGCAAGAAGCGCAAGCAGGAGAAGGAGCGCGAGGACUACCGAUACUCCGGCUCCGACAACGACGACGACGAGGCGCAGCUGGCCGGCGAGCACAGCUCCAUUGUCCAGGCCCCAGGCGGCGACACCCUCCGCCGCAAUUUUCAGCAGAUCCAGGAGGGCCGCCUGGCCGCCGAACAGCAGCAGCAGCAGCACCACCAGCUCAUGGCCCAGGCCCAGGCCCAGGCGGCUGCUGCCCACGCCGCCGCCCAGGCCCAGGCCCAGCUGCAGCAGCAGCAACAGGCAGCGGCGGCGGCAGCAGCGGCCCAGCACGCGGCGCAGCAGGCCCAGGCCGCCCAGCAGCAGGCCCAGGCCCAGCAGCCACAGGCGAAUCGUCAGCAGAAGCCGCAAUCGCGCCAGCAGCAGAUCGAGGAGCCUGGUCCGCCGGCUAGACCGCCACAGCGCCUGAUCGUGGUGCCGGAUCCGCCGCACGCCAACCGGCCCUUGCCGCCGACCCCCAAGUGCGGGGAGCCGGCGGGUCAGACGCCGCAGCAGCAGCAGCGCAACUCGCAGAAUAACUUCAAGCCAUCGUUACCACCAAGGAGACCUGAGGACCAUUUGGAUGUGUUAGCUGCACAAUUAAAUGAAUUGGGCGUGGUCUCCUCCCAACAGCCGCAGCCCCAGACCGCUGCCGGAUCCCAGCAGCAGCAGCAGGCCCAGCCGGAGGCGCCACCCCGCAACAACAGGCAGUCGGCGUCAGGGGGAGGGUCUGCGUCCGGCGGUGGCUCUUCGAAGCCGGCCGCGGCCCUGCCGCCCCAGUCGAACAAUCAUCUGGGCCAGCCGGUGAACCCGCUGGAUCCCCUGGACAGCAGCGACUCGGACAGCGAGCCGGACGAGCCGAACGACCGGGCCCGGAACGAUGGCACUCUGCUGGCCAGCGAUCCGCCCAAGCCACUACCCGAAUUCUCAUACAGGCCGGGACUGGGACCCGUUUCCGAGGACGGGAACACGACAACGCCGCUGGGCCAUGGCAGCGGAGGACCUCCCAACCGCCCACUGCCCCCGACGCCGGACGACGACGACCAGGCCGGAGAUCGCACUCUGAUCAUGAAGCGCAAACAAGAACAGAACGCCAAUCGCCUUCAAAAGUCCGCCUCCACAUCCCACGCCAAUGUGAGGGGUGUGGGGGGUGGUGCCCAUCCCGAGUCCCGCCUGAUGGAGGACUGGGAGUUCGAUCGGUUCUUCCCCAAGUUCGCCGCCGGCCUGGGCGCCAGGGAGAACGGCAGCCCCACCGCCACCGCCAGCCUCAGCCGCAGCUCCCAGCAGAGCACCCUCAAGGUGGAGACGAAGCUGCAGCGGGCCAGUGUGGCGGAGGCCAUAACCCGACCCGUCCCACGGGGCUACCAGCCGCUCAAGGGCGGUGACCAGCCACCAGCCACAAGUGCCAGCCAAAGUAUUGCCAAAGAAAAGGGACCAGGAGCAGGAGCAGGAAGUGGGAGCGGAAGUUCCAGCUCCUCGACGACAUCGCACAAGCGCCAGGAAUCAGAUUCCAAGCUGCCGAUGAACUUUGUGCGCGGUUUCCGACGCGAAAACUCGGACUUCUUCCCGCUGACGAAGCGCUACUCGGCGGUGCUGAGUGGCUCAGGAACCACCACCACUGGCGGAGGAUCAGCAGCUGGUCAGCAGCUGCAGUCGCCGCAGAUGGUGCAGGCCCAGAGGGCCAGUGCCGUGUACCAAAGGAACAGCAUUUACAACAGCAGUCAAGGAGGAGCCAAGGAGUCCAAACCAGGAUUAGCAGCUGCAACUGGAAGUGGAAGUGGAGCCACUGCAUCGGCAGCCACGAAGGGAGCUGCCCCCAAGCCCGCCUCCAGGUCGCUGGUCAACUUCAAUUUCAUGCGACCGCGUCGCGAAAAGACUGAAUCCGUGAUUGUGCUGCAGAAUGCGGCAGUUCGAGCCGCCCAGCAGCGGCAGCAGCAACUGCAACAGCAGCAGCAACAGCAGCAGCAGCAGCAACAGCAGCCGCAGCAGCAACUGCAACAGCAGCAGAACCGAGGAGGAGGCGGUGGCGGAGGAGGCGGCGGCGGAGGCGGCACCAGCGGAGUGGGCGCCGAUGGCAGCGGCCUGGGCACCCCCGGCACCAGGACCAGCAGCGUCCUGCCGGACCUGCUCAGCCAGGCAUCGCCGGCAACGCCACCGCGCCACGACAAGUCAUCCAGUGAGGAGUAUCAAGCGGCCAUUAGCUCAUCCGUGCAUUCCACGCCAUCGAAAUCGUUUAUUGCCACCAGCGGUGGGAGCGGCAGCGGUGGGAGCGGCGGAGGCGGAGGCGGAGGUGGCGCCACCGGCGGCCACGGCCUGGGGGGCGGUACCGUUGUGGGCGGGGUGAUCAUCAGCGGUGGCAGCAUCAGCGCCAACGCCAUCAAUCACUCCCCCCAAUCAACGAUAUCGCUCGCCUCCUCGUCCUCGAACUCGCGCCAGAACUCGCCCAAGAACUCCAUCAGCAAGACGCGCUCAUCCAGCAGUAUUACUAAUCUCUUGCACAAAUCUGCUUCUUCCUCCUCCGCGAACCUCCACAUGAACCACCUGACGCCCUGCUCCUCGACCUCAUCGGCCUCGGCCUCGAAUCCCUUGCCCCCGCACGCCUACGCCCUCCAACAGAAGCAGCGCAGCUUCCUGACCUUCGGAUUUGGGGCUGGCGGCUCCGGUCCCUCCCGCCGGGAGUCGCAUGUCAACGUCAACGUGACACCCACCUCCCACGAAGCGGCCAACGACACGCCCGAGAUCCGUAAGUAUAAGAAGCGCUUCAACUCGGAGAUCCUGUGCGCGGCCUUGUGGGGCGUCAACCUGCUGAUCGGCACGGAGAACGGUCUGAUGUUGCUGGAUCGCUCCGGCCAGGGAAAGGUCUAUCAGCUCAUCUCGCGACGCCGUUUCCAGCAGAUGGAGGUGCUAGAGGGCCAGAACAUACUGGUGACCAUAUCCGGCAAGAAGAACCGCGUGCGAGUGUACUACUUGUCCUGGCUCAAGUCCAAGAUCUUGCGCACCGAUGGUCUCUCCGAUCAAGUGGAGCGUCGCAACGGUUGGAUCAACGUGGGUGAUCUCCAAGGUGCUGUACAUUUUAAGAUUGUCAAAUACGAGAGGAUUAAGUUCCUAGUGAUUGCAUUAAAAGACUCUAUUGAAAUCUAUGCAUGGGCUCCCAAACCAUAUCACAAAUUUAUGGCAUUUAAGAAUUUUGGUGAAUUGGAACAUCGCCCGCUUUUGGUCGAUCUCACAAUUGAGGAUCAGUCGAGACUGAAGGUGAUCUAUGGCUCCGCCGAGGGUUUCCAUGCGGUUGAUUUAGACUCAGCUGAAGUAUACGACAUAUAUCUUCCCAAGCAUACUCAGGGUGCAAUCAUUCCGCAUUGUAUUGUGGCGCUUCCGAACUCAAAUGGCAUGCAACUGCUGCUGUGCUACGACAAUGAAGGCGUCUAUGUGAACACUGUGGGUCGUGUUUCCAAAAACAUUGUGCUGCAGUGGGGCGAGAUGCCCACAUCCGUGGCCUACAUCGGCACUGGACAGAUCAUGGGCUGGGGCAACAAAGCAAUAGAGAUACGUUCCGUCGAAAGCGGCCACUUGGACGGCGUGUUCAUGCACAAGAAGGCGCAGCGCUUGAAAUUCCUUUGCGAGCGCAAUGACAAAGUAUUCUUCAGCAGUGCCAAAGGUGCUUCAUCGUGUCAAAUCUACUUCAUGACGCUCAACAAGCCGGGCAUGGCCAACUGGUAAAGCGGAUCUCCUCUCCUGGGGAUGAACCAACGAACCAACCGGCGAACAAAAAGGAAUCCAUUUUCUUCUUAUUUUACCCAAAAAACAAAAAAAACACAAAUGAAAGUAUCUAAAGCGAACCCAUAACGAUGAUAAUUAGCUGACUUAAGUGAAGAGUGCAUAACGAUUAAGUGAUUAAGAGAGAUAUCCUAAAAACACACUGAGAAUCACCAGAAACCCAAAAUCCACACUCGAUCAUGAACUUGUGCUUAUGAGAACUUCACCAUGACAACGUUUCAAUUAGUAAAUGUGCUAAGCAGACUCGCCCGCAAGCAGAUUCGUGGUGCGAAUCGAGUCUAUAUAUAUAUAAAUAAUCUACUUAAUAUUUAGAAGCGGACAUUUAAAGCUCACUCGCCGAGGUUAUCGUCAGAUCUGGUCAGACAUGCUGCAAGAGAAUCGCAGAAUCGCAAUUAAAGCAAUUUAUAUCCCUUAUCCUUAUCCUUAUCCUUUCGAUGUAUGUAUAUUGACGUUACAUAACUCUGAACAAGCUAAUCUGGAUACUGGAUCCAUUUCAAUUGUGCGUCUUUUUGAUUAUUUUUGCUAACAAGUUAAAAACUUACGUUGAAAAACAGCAGCAGCGAAAUAGACCCACACAUUACAAAAAUAUGUAUAACGAAGAACGUAUAUAUAUAUAAUUAUAUAGAAAUAGAUAUAUGCAGUUAGUUUUUGUUCUUGAUAUUAUCAGAUAGAAUUUAUUUGUGCGUUUCUGAUGAUGAUUAAAUGUUAGUGGAGAGCGAGCGAGCCGAGCGAUCACACUGUAUGUGCUCAUUUUAAUGGAGGAAGCGAAGCAAACAAAACCCACAUAAAACGCCAUUGUAAAAACUAAGUGAUAAAAACCAUAAAAAAAAAAAACAAAAACAAAAUUAAAUAAUUGAUUAUGUGUAAAAUAAAUCCGAAAAGCAACCAGGAACAGAGCAUGCUUGCGAGGAUAUCCAAUGGAGAGGAGCGCCGUUUAUAAGGGGAGCUACCUUAAUAACAAAACAAAAAAAAAAGAAAAUAAUAAUUAAAAUUGGAGGGAAUUAGAAACGAGAGCCUAGUUAAGCUGCAUUUUUUACUGAACUUUUAUACGAGAAAGCAAAGAGAUAAUAUGAUAAAAACAAA